AUGGUUUUUCACUUCAAGAUCCUUCAAGAGUCUGAGGACCACCAAAAUGUGGCAAAAUCCAACCCCUGCAAGGCUGAAUCUUUGUUCUGGGAAAAGCUCAACUGUGGGGUUAGUGUAGGAAAAACACCACGGGCUUUCCAGUACAAGUUCCCAUAUGCUGCAAUUAUGAUGUCUAUGAUGACGAUGAUCUUGGUGCUUGGACUUGGCGUCAUGCUGCUUAUGGCUUCCCCUUCUGAUUUCUUGGAAGACACAGUGAGUAUUCUCAUCACACAGCAGUAUGAGCAGCUGGGAACAGAUGUCAUCUUGCAAUGCAACUCCGUGUCGCUGGGUGUUAACUGGAAGCAUAAUGGGGUCUGGAUACCCCAACAUUCUAAGGUGCAUGCAAAUGGACAACAGCUAACUCUAAAGGAAGUGCAGAGGAACCAGGCUGGAACAUACAGCUGUCACAACCCUGAAGACAAGAAGCUUUUAUCUGUGAUGGAGCUAAACCUUGGAUUUCCUCCGCAGAAGCUGGAUGUCCAUUGCUGGGCUUCAGGGUACCCAGAAAAGAUUAACUGUACCUGGGACGUCUGGCCUGAAACUCACCUACCCACGACCUUCAUUACCACCUAUAGGUUGGGAUUGACAGGACCAGACCCUCCCAGUGAGUGCGUUCAGCUUGACGUUAAUCCACACAGCUGCCAGAUUACCGAUUUCAAGAUGUUUGCAGAAGUUCCGUACCUUCUAAAUGUGACCGCUGUCAAUCCGCUGGGGUCAUUAACGCUGCUGCACCACUUUUUCGUGGAGAACAUCAUAAGGCCAAAUCCGCCUGUGAAUGUAAGCCUAUCCCCUGCACCUGGGAAUAGCAGGAAACUGUUACUGCGUUGGAGCCCGCCUUCAUCUUGGCCAUAUCCAGACUAUUUCCCGCUGACGUAUUUGAUCCGCUAUAGAAGGACGGGUGUUAAACACUAUAAAGUGGUUGGGCCGUAUGAGCAGACAUUUUUCCCCAUCACAGGGAUCCGCCCGGGGUCCACUGUACAUGCACAAGUGGCGGCCAGGGAUUUAGCUUGCGCAGCACACUACAGUGACUGGAGCACAGUGGUGACUGGACAACCAUGGAAACCACAUCGAGGCGCAACAGUAGAGUGACCGUUGUACAGCAAU